UUCCUGCACCACUGCUGUUAAGAUGAGAGCCUCACCGUGUCUCCUCCUCCUGCUCCUUGCUGGGGCAUGGGCCCAGUGCCCAGUCCCCGCUGACCUCAAGAACCCGGACGGCACCAAGAUCUGCGCCCAGCUCUACACGGACGACAGCCCCUACUACGACCAGUGCUGUGGUGGGGUCGUUGCUGUGGUUCAGCCCAAUGAAGAUCAGCCCUACAUGCCAUCGACUUUGAACAACAAGGUCUCUUCGCUGGUGGUGGGCCAACGCUGCGAACUCACGGUGUGGUCCUCAAAGGCCAAAGGAGGAAAGACCCGCAAGUUUAAAGCCGCGGCGUUCCCUCGGCUCCAAGAAUACAGGAAGGGGCUGUUUGGGAACUGGGAUAACUCCAUCUCUGCCUACUACUGCAAGUGCACCUGAGAAGGCCAAUCCAGAGAUGAGUGAGGCACGAGGGACGCCUGCUGCAUCCGUCCAUGGCAACAUGACCUCGUCACCACCGCACCACCUGAUCGCCUGUUCCAGCUAAGGAGGCAUCAUCCCCCAUUGCCUCCUCCAUGAAGUCACCGCUUUGCCACAGCAGAUCCUGGGCUACCUGCUUCCCAGAAUCCCAACUUCCUCUCAUGCGCCACAGCAAACUCCGGCAUCCUGGAAGAUCUCAUUGUCCAAGCAGAAUGCAGUACACCAGCAGCCAUCCCUGCUAUGGCAAAGAAUCCAUCCGGGCCGCCUGCGAACCCGAGCACGGCGGUGCCACGCAAAAGCCAGACAUCAACAAGUGACUUUAUUCUCCCCACUUGCAAUGACAAUGGGAAAUGAAUAUGCUCCAUCUGAAGGCAGCCUCUCCCCCAAUCCUGAAGGCCUGCAGGUUUGUCACCUUGCUUGAAAGAUUUGUUCCCUCUGAUGUUUUAAGAUCUUCCACGUCCCGCUUUGUUCUCAGCGUUUUUAAGACAGGCAUUCCAUCUUCAAAGCCGUUCCCUCUCCUCGUUGCUUCCCUGAGAUCCACUUUGCGGCAAAAUGUUCCCUCCGUCUCAUCUCGGCUGUUAUUGUCGUGCCUUGCCAUGAUAAACGUAAUUAAAAGCAAAGGAACACGA